CUCUUCUCAGCAGCAGCCCCAGGUUCAGGCCCUGCCAAGAAGUCAAAUGUCCAAAGCUCAGUUGGGCCUAAAUGUGAUAAAGUGCAACUGGUUGAGCAUAGGCGAGCAUAUAAUUGUGAAAUCAUGCUUUCAAAAGUGAAAGUUCCGUUGCAUGAUUUAAUGAGCUCAGUACUAGCACUGGAAGAGUCAGCACUAGACACUGAUCAGGUUGAGAACCUCAUAAAAUUUUGUCCUACAAAAGAGGAGAUGGAAGUACUCAAGGGUUAUACUGGGGAAAAGGAGAAGUUAGGGAGAUGUGAACAGUUCUUGCUGGAGUUGAUGAAGGUGCCCCGGGUAGAAUCCAAGCUCAGAGUUUUUUCAUUCAGGAUCCAGUUCCACUCUCAGGUUUCUGACCUUAAAAAUAGCUUGAAUGUUGUGAAUGCUAUUGCAGAAGAGAUCAGGAAUUCUUUCAAAUUAAAGAGAAUUAUGCAAACAAUACUUUCUCUCGGAAAUGCUUUGAACCAAGGAACUACUAGGGGUUCUGCUAUUGGAUUCAGAUUGGAUAGCCUUCUUAAACUCACUGAGACACGUGCACGGAACAAUAAGAUGACUCUCAUGCAUUAUCUUUGUAAGGUGCUAGCUGACAAACUACCAGAAGUUUUAGACUUCUCCAAGGAUCUUGCUAACCUAGAGCCAGCAGCAAAGAUCCAAUUGAAGUUUCUGGCAGAGGAGAUGCAAGCUAUAACCAAAGGGUUAGAGAAAGUUGUACAGGAACUAUCAACCUCUGAAAGUGAUGGCCCUAUGACAGAAACUUUCCGCAAGAAUUUGAAAGGGUUCCUCUGUUUUGCUGAAGCUGAAGUCCGUUCAUUGGCUUCACUAUACUCUAGCGUGGGUAGGAACGUGGAUGCAUUGAUUCUUUAUUUUGGUGAAGAUCCAUCUCGCUGCACAUUUAAGCAAGUUGUCACAACUUUGGUCGACUUUACUAGAAUGUUCAAAAAAGCCCAUGAAGAAAAUUGCAAGCAACUAGAGAUUGAAAUGAAGAAAACAGAAAAAGAUAAAAAGAAAUGUGAAUCAGAAAGGAUAUUGCCUACAGCAAUCCGGACCGGCAAUGUCAAAUAA